AUGAGGCUACUCCUUGGCCAAGUCAUCCUCAUACAACUUUGGGUAUUGUCAGCCUUUGGCAUCAAAAACCCUAUAAUUCCAGGAUGGAAUCCAGAUCCUUCUAUUAUCCGUGCCGGUGAUGAAUAUUUCCUGGCGACUUCGUCUUUCGAGUACUGGCCAAGUACACCAAUCUACAAAUCAAAAGACCUUGCAAAUUGGGAGCUUUACUCUCACGCAUUCACAAGGCCGAGUCAGGCUCAACUAUAUGGCGUCCCAACCGGUGCUGGUACAUGGGCUCCCACCUUGUCGCUUGUAAAUGGCAAAUACUAUAUGGCAACGAUGACAAGGUGGACCUAUGAUCCCGUUGCAAGAGUAUGGCCCCGUGUAAUGUGGGUGUCUUCUCAUGAUCUGAAGACAUGGUCUGAUCCUAUUUGGGGUGACGCGUGGGGAAUCGAUCCUUCCCUGUUCCAAGAUCCAGCAACAGAGAAGGUUUAUCUGAACCUCAUGGCUCCAAAUAACAAUAUUGAUAGGAUCUGGGGUAUCUAUCAGUGUGAAGUUGAUGUGGACAGUGGCCGAUGCGUCGGCGAGUAUCGUCCUUUAUGGAAUGGGACCCUGCCGCAUAAUUCGAGUGCUAGACCCGAAGGACCGAAGAUGUUCAAACGGGAUCAAUGGUAUUAUCUUCUCAUUGCUGAAGGCGGCACGGAUGACCUUCAUCGGGCUUCAAUCGCACGUUCCACUUCACCCGAAGGCCCGUGGGAAGCAGCGCCCAACAACCCGAUUUUGUUCAAUGGUGCUUACGGAUAUGACAACCUCACAGUACAGUCGACUGGUCAUGCCACGCUGUUUGAUACUCCACAAGGAGAGAGCUAUGUAGCAUUCCUAGCCCGAAGAAAAAUCAAUGGCUCGUCACCACUUGGGCGAGAAACCUUCCUUUCUCCCGUCCAGUGGAAGAAUGGGUGGCCUAUCGUCAACGGAGGGGAGCCAAUUCGACUCAGCCAAUCGUUCGGCAACACAACGGACCAGCUUUCACCACGAAAUGCCUUCACGGAUAGCUUUGAUCGUGCAAACCUCGAUCCAUCAUGGUAUCAGUUACGAGUUCCGUACACACAAAACUUCAUGAUGAAGGAGGAUGGCGCCAAUGGAAUCAUUUUCAAGCCAAACGUCUUCGGCCUGAGCGAUAGAGACACCCCCGCGGCUAUAUUGCGGAAGCAAACAUCACUAAACAUGACUUUUAGCGCGCAACUCCUGCCAACUAAAUCCGGCCUUGGAUACGGAGAGACAGUUGGUAUCAGCGCUUAUCUGAGCGAACUUCAACAUCAGGAUAUUGCAGUGUCGGGUUGUGUGAACAGCACAGGGAUGUGCAUAUUUACUCGACUCAUGAUGAAUAGUAUAACAGAGUACAAUCAAGUGAAAUUGAAUUCGUCGACCAUUCCGUCUGAUCUGACACUUCACAUUCGGGCCCAACCGCUUUCCUACACCCUCGGGUAUAGCUUUGGGAUGAAUGGCACAAUAGAUUGGAUGCAAGAAGUGUCAUCCUCCUGGUUAGCAUUUGCACCUACCAAUUGGUUUGUUUUUGAGGGUGCCAGUUUUGCUCUUUUCGCUACUGGAACUGGUCAACCCUGGCCACCUCAUGCCCCGGAAGUGGGAUUUUCCAGAGUGACGGAGACAUUCUAUGAGGAGAAUAUUCCUGAUUAUGAUAAAUGGUAG